UCUCACUCUCGCUCGAUCACUCGCUCUCCUCGUCCCAACUCUUUCUCUUUCUCUGCAUGCCUCAUCGCAUCAACCUCUUCGCUUUCUUUCUUGCUCUUCUCGCCAUUCUUCUCCUCGCACGCAACUGGAUCUUUCCUCAACAACCACACCAUCACCUAGACCGUUCAGACGAUAUGCAGGGCAAGAAGCACGUCGGCUACUUUGUGAACUGGGGUAUCUACGGGCGCAAGUUCCCGCCGCAGAAGAUCCCCCACCAGCAUCUCACGCACAUCAACUACGCCUUCGGCAAUGUGAACAAGGAUACGGGCGAGGUCCACCUCUCGGACAAGUGGGCCGAUGUCGAGAUUCACUACGAGGGCGACAGCUGGAAUGACCAGGGCACCAACCUCUACGGCUGCCUCAAGGCUAUCUACUUGCAGAAGAAGCAGAACCGCAACCUCAAAGUUCUGUUGAGCAUUGGCGGGUGGUCCUACUCGCCCAACUUUGCCAAUAUCGGCGACGCCAAGUGGCGCCAGACCUUUGUGCAGUCCGGCGUCAGGUUGGUCGAGGACGUGGGGUUGGACGGUCUCGACAUCGACUACGAGUACCCCAAAACCCCCGCCGACGCCAAGGCGUAUGUUGCUCUGCUCAACGAGCUGCGCGCCGCACUGGAGCACCUCGCGCAGUCCAAGGGCAAGCCUCCCGGGCAGUACCAGCUCACCGUCGCCGCGCCGUGCGGCAACGAGCAGGUCAGCGUUCUGUGCAUCCAGGAGAUGGACCGCGUGCUCGACUUUUGGAACCUCAUGGCCUAUGACUUCGCUGGCUCAUGGGACAACGUCUCGGGCCACCAAGCCGCGCUGUACACGGACAACCCAAACGGCAACUCGGUCGACGGCGCCGUGCGGAAGUACCUCGCGGCGGGCGUGCAACCGCACAAGCUGGUAAUUGGGAUGCCGCUAUACGGUCGCGCAUUCAUGGGCACCUCUGGCCCGGGGCAGCCGUACAAGGGUGUGGGCGAGGGGUCGUGGGAGAACGGGAUGUGGGACUACAAGGACCUGCCGCGCCCCGGGGCGGAGGUGAUCAACGACCACCGGCUGGGCGCGUCGUACUGCUUCGACCGCGGGACGGGGCAGCUCGUGUCGUACGACACGCAGGCCAUCGCGCACCAGAAGGCGACAUACAUCAACCAGAUGGGACUGGGCGGCGCCAUGUGGUGGGAGCUCGACGCUGACAAGGAAGAGAGCACGGGACAGGCGCUCGUGCGCACUGUGCGCGAAGUGCUGGGCCAGCUUGAGUGGCGCGAGAACGAGCUGUCGUACCCCGGCAGCAUGUACGAGAACCUGCGCAAGGGGAUGAACUAGGGUGCAACCGAGGGCCAGAGCCCCAGGCCCAGUAGACGAUAGACACCCGCACACGAUGGCAAGUAGAAUGCAUCCAUCUCCGAUGACCCCGCUACUUCGUCUCCGGGUAGUACACCAUGAGCCCUAGGCCCUUGUGGUACGGCACGGUGAUGUGCUGGAACGCCGGGUCGGAGUUGACGUACGCGAGGAGGUCCGCGUACCGCUCAGCGCUCGCAAUCGUGUUAU